AUGCCAGCUCGUUUCAGCCAUGGCUCUAGGAUUGCCGAGCUCGUUUCAGCCAUGGCUGCCGGUUGGAACGCAGAGUUCAUCGUUGAGACGUGGUCACAAGGAGGGUCAAGGGCAGAAUUUGUGACAGCAAUGAAAGAGGCAGGGAUGGAGCCAGAGGUUCUUGUUAGGGAGCCAGAGGAGGUCAUGGCCGGGCUUGUGGGGAUAGAUUUUCUGGUUAUGGAUUCAAAGCGCAAAGACUUUGCUAGGGUUUUGAGGCAGGCAAGACUGAGCCAUCGGGGUGCAGUUUUGGUAUGCAAGAAUGCCAAUUCAAGAAAUGCUUUGUGCAUUGUGGGUUAA